CCAUAGCAUCCUACUGUCCGAAAUGCUCUCUUCUGCCUGGAGAGUGCUUUGGGAGGCAAGAACAGCAUCUACACCAAGGCCUUAAUGGCUUACGCUUUCACUCUUGCUGGAAGGAUGGACAUCCGCCGUCAGCUCCUACAGUCAUUGGAUGAACAGGCCAUAAAGAAGGAUGGCACAGUUCAUUUGCAUCGUCCAGAGUUUUCUGAUGAUUCGGGGGUGGAUAGGUUUCCUUACAGACGCGCCCCCUCAGCAGAAGUAGAGAUGAAUUCUUAUAUGUUACUGGCUCUCUUGUCCAAACCUAAUGUCUCAGAUGACGAUCUGACCUUGGCCACCCAGGUUGUCUCCUGGAUGAUAAAGCAGCAGAACCCUAAUGGUGGCUUCUCCUCAACUCAGGACACAGUUGUGGCACUUCAGGCUCUUUCUCUCUAUGGGUCUCUCACUCUCAGCCAUGAUAAUGGUUUCACUUUCUUUGGACAAAACUCCAGUUGCAGAGUUCCAUGUAGAGGAAUCAAACCGGUUGCUUCUCCAACGUAUUGCCCUGAAGGAAGUCCCAGGGUAUUAAACCUGGAACUCCCAGCGUAG